UUUAUCUCUCUCUGGCGACAUCACCCCGAGUUCUUCGCGGCGUGCUUUAAUUUAUCUUCAAUUCUACCCCGUGACCCCGUCUCAAUUUCAAUUUUCACAUAGGUUGCAAAGAGCGGGUUAAACCCUCUCCGUGUCGCGUCCUUGCUAAUCACCCCCAUCGUCCUCUCCUCUCCCUCUGCUCCGGACUCCGGUAGAUGUAGCUCUCGCCAUGCAUCCCCCCUCCCCCACACCAGCUGUCCACCUAACAUUGUCACCCACACGUACGCCCGGGCGCGGAAGCUAACCCUACCGCGCCGCUCAAAGCCAUAGCCAUGGACACACCGCAGUCACGCGCACGUCCACCUCAACAGUCCAAGCCAAGCCCACCUUCGGCUCCCCCACCGCUGCCCUUCUCCGCCACCACCUCCCCCUCCCACGGCUUCUCAUCCCCCUCUCCCUUCGGCGGCCACCUGCGCCCGCUCUCCAUGUCCCGCACCCCCGUCGGCCGCGUCGGCAGCGACCUCAGCCACGCCAGAGCGAACCAUCAUCACGCCACUACGAGCGACGGCACCAGCAGCAAGGACAGGGACAGUAGGGCCAAGAGCAAGGCCUCGCCUUUCUUCUCUGGCCUCGGCGGCGCGUGGAGGAAGCAGGCCGAGGAGAAGAGGAAGGGAAGGCCCAAGCCCAGGAGAGCGGCGCUGGACGUGGGCCAGUGGGUGAAGCGACACAUGGCAUCCAUGGUGGAGCAGCUGCGUGCCUCCUUCUCCCGGCACUCGGAGCGGGAGCAGCGGCGCCGUCCGCACUCGUUCUCGGGCCACGGCCCGGGCGCCGCCAGGGAGAUGAGGGAGCGGGAGCACUGGAGGCGGCGGCGCGGGCAGCUGUCGUCCGCGCCGGCGUCGCUGCGCGUGUCGCCUGCGAACAGCGGGCACCUCUCCGUUGGCGGCUCGGUCAAGGUGUCCACGUCGUCGGAGGAGAGCACCAUGGAGGAGCUGCAGAGCGCCAUCGAGGCCGCCAUCGCGCACUGCAAGAAUUCCAUCUCCGUGGCCAAGCAGACGGCGCCGACCGGGGACGACGGCACCAAGCUUCAGUAAACCAGAGUAGUUGGUAGGGGUGCUGGCUGCACUUAUGGAUUCUUAAUUUGAUCGAAAUUUCAGAAGCCCAGUCGUUUGGUUCGAUCUCACACAGGCGCAUGUAAAUUAAGAUGCAUGUAAGAAGAGAUAUAUAAGAGCGAUAUAUAUACAUAUUUUUUUUCGGUUUUUCCU